AUGCGAGAUAUUGAGCCGCGCAACGUCCUGCUUGGUGAUGAAUCUGUAGUUCGAGUACACUGUGUCCGAGGGCUUUUCCUCGAGCUCCUCGGUAAUGUUGUCCAGGAACGAACACCAUUUGGGAGCAGGUCCCAAAGCAGGAAUAUAGUAUGUGUGCAUAGGAAUGGAUUCGUUGGCCAUGAAAAACAUGCCCGAGUCCGGAAUGUAUUCAACGUCGUUGAUGUCGACGCUGGGCUCCAUGCUGGCAAACAGGUCUCCGUCGUUUCUGUCCCAGAUCUUGGCGAUUUUUCUGUCCGAUGUCAUGAUUUUGUUGCUCACACUCGAGUUAUCGUCGAGCCAAGUUAUCUUGUUAAUUGGGAACCCAUAACCUUGGUCCUUGGUCAUCAACGGCUGCGACCGACGCAGAUCGUACAGCAGCGAGAUGCCGUUCGACGUGCCCACGGCCAUGUUCAGCCCGUCGUUACGGAACUUGAACGCCGUCACCUGCGUGCUGGAGCUGUCUGCCCCGUCCACGACCUGCAUCUUCACCACCCGCUGCCGCGCUCUGGGGUCCCAGAACUCCACCGUGCCGUCCUCCAGACCAGCUCCAACCAGUCCGUGAACAUCGUUGAUGUCCACGAUAUUCACACCGGUCUCACUCUCCACCUCAAAAGGCUGCAAAAACCGGCCCUGCUCCAAAUUCAGCCGGUAGAUCUCGUUCCCGGCAGCUCCCACGUAAAGGUCGCAGUUCACGUCGUUAUAUCCUUAUUGGGAUUGCAGUUAUACUUUUUCGCCAAUUUACACGUUAUGGAUCUUUCUCGAUUAAAUAACCCAAUCGUCCAGAACAGCCAAUCCCCAGAGGCCCAGCAAUACCAAUCGCUGCUGGACAAGUAUGCACAGGUCCAUGCCGCGGCACAGAGACUCAGCGGCAAACAGGCCCAGAUCAACAAACUCGUGAGAUACCUCGAGCUGAGGAAUAACAUGCUGGUGCAGCUGCUUAUCCAAUCAGAGGCCAACCGACUCAGCAAAACACACACAAACUUAUCGCCAGAAGAAGAGCACGCUGCUGUUCAGAAUAUCAUCGACCAGAAACCGUUUUUGGAACAGUACCUGUCGCCGCUGUUGCAGGACACAGAGGCUUUGCAAACGCCCGAGUUAUUGGAAUUUCUACAAGUUAUCGAAAAUAACCCUACAUCGUCGGUUCUGGGUCCCGAGUUCGACUCUAUAUUGAACUUGGACGCGUCGAGAAAGCGCAAGUCAGAUUCGGUUAUAUCUCCAUAA